ACAUUCUAGCUGCUGCCACUACAUCUGCUGGGGGAUUCUUGAGAUUUUUACUUGUCCUUUCGCGCUGUUCCAUCAUUCUGAUAUUUCUUCUUGCGAUCGAGUUCCAGAUGGCUCAGCAGUGCUUCCAAAAUGAAUAUUUUGACAGUUUGCUGCGUGCUUGCAAACCGUGUCACCUUCGGUGUUCCAAGUCCCCUCCUCCACCCUGCCAGCGUUACUGUAGCGCAAGUAUGGCCACUUCAGUGAAAGGAACAAAUGCCAUUCUCUGGACCUGUUUGGGCCUGAGCUUGACAGUUUCUUUGGCAGUUUUUGCGCUCCUGUUCUUGCUAAGGAAGAUGAGCUCUGAACCACUAAAAGAUGAAUUUAAAAACACAGAAUCUGAUCUGCUGGACGCAGCAGUUAAUGCUGACCUGGAGGACAGCGGGAACGAUGCUGAAAUUAUUCUGCCAAGAAGCCUGGGCUACACAGUAGAAGAAUGUAUCUGUGAAGACUGCGUCAAGAGCAAACUAAAGGUCGACUCUGACCAUUUCUUCCCGCUCCCAGCCAUGGAGGAGGGAGCGACCAUUCUUGUCACCACAAAGACAAAUGACUACUGCAAGAGCCUGCCAGCUCCUCUGAGUGUCACAGGGACAGAGAAAUCGAUUUCUACUAAAUAA